GCCUGUUAGAAAUAAACCACGACAAGUAGUGUCCAUGGCGUGUGCGUCUGUGUGCCACGUCGUGGUGGUGUCGUGUGUGCUAGUUUGGAUAGAGUUCAGGCUGUUGGAUGGAGUGGUGUGGGUGGCGCCGAUUCAAACGGUGGAAGCCGCGUCGUCCGGAUGAGCAAGUGGCUCACGGUGAUUGCUGCGCAAGUCCCGCGGAUCAUGGCGCGAAGGCCGGCAUGGAGGCGAGCUCCGUGGCAUGUCCUUGGCUAUAAGUAGCCUAGUACUCCUCCAUGUUUUGGUAAGAAAAAGAUACAGGCGAGUUCGUCGCCGGAAAAUCUACUGUGCUUCUUCUACCUCGCGUUCGCGUGCGUGUGUGUGUUCCUGGGCAGAGCCAUCAAUUGGUACCAGAGCCGGAGAAGAUGUCGACUUCGUCGAAAAAGGGCUCAGGCUCCGGUGACGACGACUCGCCGCGUCACGUUGUGGUGGAGCGCGUCGUUUCCAACAUCGGCAGCACGGGAGAGAUUCCGAAGCUGUCGAAGACGAACUACCACGAGUGGGCGCUCGAGAUGCAAGUCAACCUGGAGGGCAUGGAGCUUUGGGAUGCCGUGGAGGCAGGCAACGCCGAGCGCGGCAAGGAUCGAAGGGCGUUGGCCGUCAUCCUGCGCGGGGUGCCGCCGGAGAUGAAGUCCGGGCUCGCCGCGAAGAAGAGCGCGAAGGAGGCGUGGGCGGCGGUAAAGUUCUUGAGAAUGGGCGAUGCCCGCGUGCAGGAGGCCAAGGCGCAGUACCUCCUCAAGCAGUUCGAGCUCGCGGCGUUCAAGGACGGCGAGGCGAUUGAUGACUUCGCCGUGCGGAUCGACUCCCUCGCCGCGGAGCUGCGCGGACUCGGGGAGAAGAUGGAGGAGGAGCGCGUCGUCAAGAAGAUGCUGCGUGUUGUACCGUCAAAGUACAACCAGAUCGCGUGCACCAUCGAGAUGUUCGGCGACCUGAAGAAAAUGUCGCUUGAGGAGCUCGUCGGGCGGCUGCGCGUGGCGGAGGAGCGAUGCGGCAGCGUCGUCGAGUCGGCUGCGGACGGCGUCGGGCGCCUGCUGCUCACUGAGGAGCGGUGGGAGGAUCGCCGGCGCCAGCGCGAUGGCAAGCAGCGGGCGUGCGGUGGCGAAGGAGCACGGCGCGACAGCGACGAGAGGCGUGGUCGCCGGAACGACGACCACAGUGACAACAACGACGAUGACGAUCGCGGCAGCACGAGCUCGGGGAGUAGGCGUGGCGGGAGCCGCUACCGAGGGCGAUGCUUCGAGUGCGGCGAGCGCGGCCACAGGGCCAAGGACUGCCGUGGGAAGAAGAAGGAAAGGGCCCUCCUCGCCGACGUCGACGACGAGCCGAUGCUCCUGUAGGUUGGGCGUACGGGGGUGUCGUGGUUUAGGGGGUGAUUGUUAGAAAUAAACCACGACAAGUAGUGUCCAUGGCGUGUGCGUCUGUGUGCCGCGUCGUGGCGGUGUCGUGUGUGUUGUGUUCAUGUCCCGCGCCAUGCAGGCGAGCUGCGGUGCGAGGCCGUGUUCGCGUAGCGUGCUGGCUCAGGGAGUUAGGUGCUAGUUUGGAUAGAGUUCAGGCUGUUGGAUGGAGUGGUGUGGGUGGCGCCGAUUCAAACGGUGGAAGCCGCGUCGUCCGGAUGAGCAAGUGGCUCACGGUGAUUGCUGCGCAAGUCCCGCGGAUCAUGGCGCGAAGGCCGGCAUGGAGGCGAGCUCCGUGGCAUGUCCUUGGCUAUAAGUAGCCUAGUACUCCUCCAUGUUUUGGUAAGAAAAAGAUACAGUGCCAGCGGUGCUAUUGGCUCGAUGGUGCGACGAUGUGCACGGCUACGCGUGCGGGAACAGCGACCCAGAACAAGAGCACGCGCGAGGGCUGCAGAGGAGCUACUACUGUGUUUGUGCUCGUUUGUGGAUGCAUGUGUGUAUGUAUGUGGUUGUUCGGUGUGGAGGUGGGAGUCUUGUAGGUGAAUGAAGAGGGAGGAGAAGGAGAAAAUGGUUUUGGGCUUCUAGGUGAAAGAUCAGAGAGGGAGAAAGAGCAAGGCAUGGGAGAAGGUGACCGGUGCUUUUGGUCGGUGCUCAGAGAGAGAGGACAGAGAUAUUAGAGUGAUGGCUGGUGGCUGAGAGGAAAAGAUCAAAGGCUUUGAGAGAUGAGAGAGAUCGAGAUGAAUGAGAGAGAGAAAGAUUUGAAUGUUAUUUCAAAUGAAUGUAUUUUAAAUUGUGAUUGGAUUUGUAAAGAUUCAAUAAAUGACUUGAAUUCGAAUU